GUUACCCAGGCUGCUCGCUCUCUUUGGCGCGAGUAUUUUUCUUUCCCGCGGGUUUGCGCGAGCGGCUUGUCUCGGCCGGUGCGGAGUUUUCGCGAAUAUUCCUUCAGCUGGCGGGAGGUGGAGGGAAACGGCGGAUUCAGCGGCCAAGGGAUCGCCCGUACGGAGUGUGCGAGACGGACGAUGUGCGGGUAGAGGAGACCAGGCCGGCGGAAUUGCAAGUACAAGAAUGACGGCUACUGCUCAUCCAGUAGUUUCUGGCUUACUGCCGCUGUUGGAAACCUUGGAAGAUAUAUCUGUUUCAUCCACCGAGCAAGUGGAUGCUUACCUUACAAUUGCCAGUCGUCUGAGCGGAGAAGAUGGGAAAGAAUUUGCAACUGCAGUUGGCAAACAGUUUACUCGCCUCUGUGAAGUGUUCAAAACUCAUGUUUCAAGUUCGGAUUCAGAACUGUGUAAUGCAGCGUUACAGGCCUUGGGAUUCUGUGUUUUUCACAGUAAUAUUAGUGCUGGAUUGUCAGAAUAUGAAGCCAAGCAAUUGAUUGUGACUCUCUGUGAUAUUGCAAUCAAAUCAGCUGAUAAGAACACGUGUACAAGAGCACUGUGGGUGAUAUCAAAACAGAAUUUUUGUGCUGAAGUGAUUGAAAAGGAGGUUCAAAAUAUAGUUGCAGCAAUGGAAACAAUAUUAACUAGAGAUCAACAGUCAAUGGUUGUUGAACAUGAAGCCUUAAAUCUUAUGAUGAGGCUGGUAGAACAGGCACCUGUUCAGAUGGGAGAAACUGCUGUUCGAUGGGCGAAGCUAAUACUUCCUCUUGUAGUUCAUUCAGCCCCCAAAGUGCGGUUACGGGCAGCAACAGCUCUAGAAAUGAGCCUACCACUUCUCCUUCAAAAACAGCACGAAGUUGCGGGCAUAAUUGAGCCCUUAAUGAUCUCGAAAAUGAUUCCAGAGCUCCAGAAACUCUUCACAACAAAAAAUGAAACUUAUGUGUUGAAAUUGUGGCCUCUCUUUGUGAAACUUCUGGGAAAGUCAUUGCACCGUGGAGGAAGUUUCAUUAAUUCUCUACUGCAUUUGGAGGAAUUGGGCUUUCGCAGUGGCUCUCCAGUUGUGAAGAAAAUAGCUUUCAUUGCUUGGAAAAGCUUAAUCGAUAAUUUUGCAUUGAAUCCUGAUAUACUUUGCAGUGCCAAGCGACUCCGGUUGCUCAUGCAGCCACUGAGUUCUAUUCACGUAAGAACGGAGAUUUUGGGCCUUGCCAAACUAGAGGUUUGGUGGUACUUGGCUCUUCGGCUAGGCCCACAGCUUUCUGCUAACUUUGAUCAGGUAUGUGUCCCACUGCUACAGAAUGCAUUUGGUAUUGAUGGAACUGUGCAACCAUCAGGAACACCCUGUAGAACUGGAAUGGUAUCUCCUAAUACAACUCCAGCUUCUGCACAGAAACCAGCCUUUCCUUCGCCAAGCCCAACAGUGCCAAGGUUUCAGUUGAAUUCUGGCCUCUCCGCUUUGCCUGUAAUGCAAGCGGUGCAACUUGUCGGAGUUGAAGUAUUACUUCAUUUCCUGGUGGGUCCUGCGGUCACUGAUCUGGUUAAACAAAACAAGCUGCAGCUGAGUUUAGAUCCUCUGUGGCACUCAUUAAUUAAUAGCUGUUCGUUCUUUUGCAAGAAUGCUGGAAUCUUUAUAACUGCUGUUAGAGAUGCAUUCCUUUCUGUUGGCAAACUGGGUGAAGUAGAUGCCAUGCUUAAUCUUAUUUGGAAGCAUCUGAUCAGCUAUGUGAAAAAUGCCAUUGAGUCAGGUUCAAAGAAAGAACGACAGCCAUCAGAAAUAUUGACACUCCUGCUGCAGGCAUUACAGCAGAUAGUGAAUUCAAAUGCAAUCUCUGCACAGAAAGCCUUGGCUCUUAUAGAGGCAACUGUCAAUGGACUCCCUCAAAAGAUUUUAGGAUCACCAGCAUACCAGGUCGCCAACAUGGACCUUCUGAAUGGUACUCCUGCACUCUUCAUGAUCAUCCUGCUGUUUCACAGCAAUUUACUGGAAGGUUGUGUGGUUGAAGACAGGUUUUUUGUGACACUGGAGACGCUUGUUGAAUAUGGAUUGUCUGGUCCCACAUGUUCAUUAGCAUUCAGUGAAUCAGUUUUAAAUGUUAUUAACCAAUCUGCAAUGCUGGUCACAGACAAGGAGCACCUUUGGCGAAUGUGGAGCAUUGUUGUUAACCCGUUGACCGAACGUGUGACCCAGACCAAUGAAGUAAAUCAAGGGGAUGCACUUGAGCAUAAUUUCAGUGCUAUGUACAUUGCGUUGAUGCUACCCAUAAAUCAUUUGUUUUCAAUGCAAAACUUUCCACAGCCUACAAUGAAGUCACUACUGAGAACGUGGGCUGAGUUGUAUAAAACAUUUGCUCGCUGUGCAGCUCUUGUGGCAACAGCAGAAGCCAAUGUUUGCUGUGAGGAAUUAAGUGUCAAAAUCUUGUCUGCACUGGAUGAUGCUACCUUAUCUAGUUCAUCUACAUUGGAUGCCAUUGUUCAUGUUCUGAAUGUGAUGGUCGACUGUAUUGAUUUCUCUCAGUUCUCAACAAAGUUUCAGCAAAAAUCAAGUACACCUCAUACCCCUACUCACUGGCUAACGAAGAAACAGGAACCUCUAGGAAAUCUAACUUCGCUGCUCAAACUUUUAGUGAAGAUCACAGAUGCUUUUCAUGCACUAAGUUCCAGUGAAUCUCAAUUUGAAACACCAACAGCAGGAAUGAUAUCCAUUGGUGUUGGUAUUGUCAGCAUUCUGUCCAGUAUCUUCAAUCACUUAUGUGUGGCUUCAGUAAUUCAAGCAGUUUUAACCAACUUGGCAUGCUCCAUAUCAGUCUUCUACGAAAGGACUUCAGGUCCAGUUAAUGGGACUUCAAAGGUGUAUAAUGCUCAUCUGUACAACAAGUUGGAGAAACUGUAUGCAGAAAUUCUUCUUUGCUUGCAAUCCCGUUACACAUCGUCCUUUGAUAGCGACUUCUUGGAACAAAUGUCAUCUCUGCUCAGUAUCACUUUUCUACAUAAGAAUAGGCAGAUCAGGAACCAGACCACACAGUUUUGGAAUGCUACGUUUGCCAAAAGUACAUCGUUACACUAUCCACAGCAAAUUAAGUCAGUCUUAAGUCGUGUCAGACAGAAGACACCCAUUAUAUUACCUGGCUUUGAGACCUUAGAGUUGACAGAAGAGUCAAGUGGGCCGUACUCUGAUUUGUCAGAACAUUCCCAAUUAGACACUAAACUCAGUGGUGUGCAAGUUAAUUCAGUUGGAAAAAGAGAGUCAUUGCUUGCAAGAGCUGAGGAUCUGAGAGAGAACAGUUUGCCUCAAACUCCAGCAAAGUUGAAGCUAGAUUUUUCUUCUCCCAAAAUGCCACGACAAGAGCUACUGCUAGAGGAGGAGAAAUCAAUAGAUUUUGUGUUUAUACCCCCUGAACCUAAGGAACGAAUUUUGACAGAGCAUCAGAAAGAGGUGUUAUGGACAAAGAGGACUGACAUUCCUGCCAUGUACAAUAACUUAGAUGCAUCUCAGGAUUCUCACUUGUUUUCCCAGUACACACAAUCUCGGGAGGAAAAUUUAGAUAAUCCUGCAAAGAAACUUGAGGAAGCAGCGGAAACAUCUGAAAACCUACCACAGGAUGAAGUUAUGGAAACCGAAAAUGAACUCGAUACCCAAAUUGCCACUGAGGCAAAUAAGGAAAAUGAGUUGCCUGAUCAAGGAACUGACCAAGAAUGUGUUGAUCACAAAAGAAGUAGAACUGAACAAAUCGUUGAAGAUUCCAUUGACUGUGUUUGCAGUGGCAAACAGGAGGAAGUGUUAAACAUGGUGACUGAAUCCAAAUCAAACUGCACUGGUUGUGCCCCUGAAUCAGGGGUCGGCAGUGCUGAUGUCAGUGGUAGUUCUACCUCUUCUGACGUCAUUUCUGGAACGCCACAAAAAACGAGCAGCAGACGACAGUCAUUUAUUACCCUGGAGAAGUUUGAUCCCUCAACUACAUAUUGCUUCAGCAACUCGCCUUUGGUUAAAAUGGCACAAGCAGCUGCUGAGGUUUUCAUUCCUCAGCGGACUGAAGCAAUGGAGGUGGAAGCUGCAUCACCACCUGAGGUGAACAAAGUUUGCCAGGAAGUCAAUUUGAGUACCACAAAAACCGGAUCAAUAAAUGUACAAAUCACUGGCAAACGCGGUAGACGUAGGCAAAGCAAAACUGAAAGGUCAGCUGAAGAAAAACCAUCCAAGUACACUAAGGUGUCAAAAAGUACGAAGAGUUCCAAAGUUGAAUCAUCGGAUAGAAAAAAAAAUGCUUCAACUAAUAGUAGAGACCACCUUAAUAAAAGCAAAGCUGCAUGCUGCCAGGAUUCUGAGAGUCAGUCAAGUAACAAACAGACAAAAAGCAGUACUUCUAAUGAGGUAAAUUCUGAAACAACUCCUGUGGGCUCAAAAGAGAGAGCCUCAUCAGAAGAUGCUUCAAGCAUACAAGUUGAGAAUGAUUCUUCUAAAAUACUAACACAAAAAAUGCUAAGGCGCUCUUCUCGGAAGCACUUUGAUGUGGCCAUGACUGAUCAGAUGGACAACAACGAAAAGAGAGAUGAUAAACUUGGAAAAAAGUCACAAAACGAGGGUGAGGAGCAUCUUCAAAAUUCUUUCCUGCACGAUGAGCUUUGCAAAGAAAAAGAUUCUAAAAGUAAGUCAGCAACUGAGAAAAACAGGAUUUUAAUAAGUGAUUCUCAGGAGUCUGAUUCCACCAAGAAUACCCCAGAUCCUGCUGACCGAGUCCGCCCUCGCUACCAGACUCGUAGGGCAUCCCAAGGCUUGUCUGAAGCAGCAAACAGCUGCUCUGGCAUUACUGAAUUAGAGGGUUCUGAAGGCAAUCCAAAACUUCAGGAUGGUCAGAAGAAAAGAAGAAUAUCUAAGGGAAGAACAAAGACCAAAGAGCUGUCCCUCAAAAAUAGCAAGACCAAAGUUUUGAUGGAAGAUGAAACAACUGUAAAUAGCCAGGUGUACUCAAAAAAUGAAAAUGUAGAGGUUGAAAAUCAGCAGGAAGGUAUAGUGAUGACCCAAAUGGAAGAAGUAGAAAAUAUUAAUGAAAUGAAUCGUUCACAGGUGUCUCCAGUGCCGCAUGCAUUCAUUGAAGAGCCAAACAUGGAAAAGGAUGCAAAAGUGCACAGCAUAUCGCGUAACUCAAGAGAUCAACCUGAAACUGUCGGAUGUGUAAAAAGUCAGCUGGAUUUAGAACCAGGCAAAACUGAAGAAGCCUCCACAAAUGUCCACAUUCCACCCUUGUCUUAUGAGAAGGGGGUUUUAUCAACUGAUGACUGUUCAUAUCUUUCAGAUAGGCUCCUCUUGACUAAAAGCAGUCCGCAAUCAGAUGAGUGCCAUGUGAGAAGUAAAAGGACCCGGAAAACUAAAAAUUGUGAUUGCUGCAAAGGCGUUUCACAACAUGGAAAAUUGCAAUUAGAAAGCAAGGAGAGUUUCACCAAACAAGAUCCACAAUCUGAUGAUCAAGAAGACCAUACCGUAUAUCAGAGCUCUUCAAUGAAUUAUCCUUCUGCAGAAGGACAAUUGGAAAGCCCCAGGUUCAAUGACGCUGCAAAUGAUGGACCUUGUGCUUUCAGCACGCCUCUGUCUGGGAAUAGCAAAAUUCAGUUUUUUGGUGGUUCUCUUAGUACUGUUACAUCGGAGGUGGAUUUGACAGAAGAGAGAAAGGUCAUUCCAAGAAUUGAAACCUCUGCGGAGCGGCAAGCGGCCGGGGAGCCCUCUGCAGAGCGGCAAGCGGCUGGGGAUGAUUCCUCCUCAGGCCCACAGGCAGAUGGCUCUUUAAUGGAGCAAAAUGCAGUACCAGAGUCGUCAUUCUCCAAGCAGGAAAUGAUCAGUUACUCUUCCACAGAGCUGAAAGUGGUGCAGGAGUCUUCAACAGAGCAGAAAUCAGAGGAACCUUUCAAUUAUGGAGAGAAUGAACAAGUAGAAUCGUUGAAGGAAGAUGAUGGCACUGUUAAAUUAUCAAUGUCAGAAGGAGAACCAGUAUCCAACGAUGCUUCUUUGAUAAAGGAUGAGCCAUUAGAAAGCAAAGAAUCAUUAGCUGACUGUGAGGUGGAACAACAUAAACCGAGUAGGGCAAGUGUAACUGUUCCAGAUGAUGGAGUGACCACUAUACAGACUGAAACAGAUCACAUGGAAAGGACUAAUGUUUCAACCCCAUUUGACCAAAAGACUUUACAAGGUGGGCCAAUAAUUGCAGAGCAGUUGAAAGAUAUAGAGACUGUUGGAGAUGAAGAGUCUUCUCUGGAGGUGGAGUUAACCACAGAAACUGUCCAUAAACCGAUGUCAGAGCAUCUUAUGGAAUCGCCGCAAAAGACUAAAAAUGAUGCCUCUUUUCUGAUUGGAACAAUGCACAGUCCUUCUGAAAUGCAGGCAUGUUGUGUGUGGUCACCCACAGCAUCUCCUUCUACAAGCAUUCUCAAGAAAGGGGUUAAACGGCCAUCUGAAAAUGAUUCUCCUUCUCCGAUGACAAAGAUUCGUCGUGUUUCGUUUGCAGAUCCGAUCCAGCAGGAAGGAUUGGCAGAUGAUAUUGAUCGCCGUAGCCCAGUGGUGCGGUCCCAUUCCUCUUCGGGAAAUUCUCCUGGAUUAAAUUAUGCUGCCACAAAUGGUUGCAGCCAGCCCAAUAUUCAAUCCAAGUACAACACCACUCCAACGAAAGGUUUCCUGUCUCCAAGCGCUCGCAGCUCUGGCUAUAAAAGUUCAAAGAAAUGUUUGAUCUCAGAGAUGAGCAAAGAACCUGGGGCCUUGUCUACAGCUGGUGUGUAUCCAGCUCUGAUCAGCUGUUCUUUACCAAUUGAAACCAUUCUACCCCAGCUUGCUUCUAAUAUGUGGGCCCGAGGUUUGGGGCAGCUUGUAAGAGCUAAAAACAUCAAGACAAUCGGUGAUCUGAGUUCGCUUACAGCAGCUGAAAUUAAGUUGCUUCCGAUCCGUUCUCCAAAAGUCUUUGUCGUUAAAAAGGCUCUGAAAUCCUUCUAUGAGCAGCAAAAAAAAUCCCUUGGUUUGGAUGAAGAUAAUUUGCUUGAAAAUGAGAAGGCAGUAAAUGGAAUGAGGGACAGCAGUUACUCUAAUGGUGAUGAUGAGAAACUAGCAACAGAUUUAAUUGAAACUGGGUCAUCUGCUAUCCAUCCAUCCACAGCUCUCGUUUCUGAGGUAAACGCUCUUUCCGCUCGGUUUUUCUCUGAGAACUUGAAUGAACACUCUGGGAGUCAACUAUUCGCAAUGCAUCAGCAACUGAGCAGCAUGAUGAACUGUAUAAUGGGAAACCUACGGUCUCGCUGGAGGUCACUGCCACGUGAAGCUGCUGACUGAUUUUAAAGUCACUUGGACUGGCAAAGUUCAAUCGAAAGAAUAGAGAUCAUUGUUUGCCUCAACCUACUUCUCUCUUCCCAACAGGCUUAAUCUUUUCUUAUCUUUUGAUAAUUUGCCACAUUAUUCACAGGUCAGUGUAAUUUUCCCCUUCAAUAACAUCCAGCUGCUGUGGCAUUUGACGCUUUCCCUCUACCUUAGAGGAAUCAGAAUUUGAAUUGCAGUUUUGUCUGCUGUUCAAAUCAAUCUAUCCUCUUUUAUGGUAAAAUACAGCAGUAAGUGUUCUGAUCAGAUUGGGAGGAACAAUCCAGCAGUGUUCGCUACCUGUUCUAGAGAAGCUGAUUUGUUACCAGCUGUGCCAAAACCAUGGGAGACUGUCUUCCAUGAAGGACAAAUGGUGGGAUCUUUUUCUAUUUAAAGAAUGAGGUUGAAGGGAAUUUUGUUUAAAGAGACUAGAAAUUAAUUUUCUAAAACAAAAGUGCAACCAAAACCUCUAGUCUUAUUUUGAUGGAUUGCAUUACACAAAGGCAAAUAAGGUGCUCGUAACUGGAGAGAGUCUCACUUUGUGAAAAUGAUCAUUUUGUUUUUAAAAACAGUAAGACAGAAUCUAUGCAGGAAGAGGACUACUCAUGGAGUUUUCAUUUGAGAGACCCGUUAGUGCUAUGUAAAUUGGUAAAACUAGUUUUUAAAAAAAAUCAAAUUUUCUGUAAGAAAAUAAUUUUGUGAUGUUAAAUUAUAACAUUUUACCAAAUGGAGUUUUGUUUUUGUCAGUGGAAUUUGCAGUGAAAUAUUGCUGCUAAUUUUCUAUCUCUGGCCAUUACUUGACCUUGUAGUGAUGUUUAUAGAUGCCAGAGUAAAUCAGUGCACAGAAAUGGAAUCAGAGCUGCACUUUUUUUUAAUUAAACCUGUGCUUGCGCUCACCAUGAUAUUCACUCUUGUACAAAUAAAAGGAAUUGAAAUUUUGUGUUUAGUUGGCUCGUUUUGCUCACUACUUAGUUUUAAUUUGUUUUGCUUGGCUCAAGACUUGAUUACAAGUUUUUGAACAAAAAUAAGCCUUCGAGUUGAGUUCCAGAGGUACAAGUGACUGCAGUAAUAUUAAAUAUUUAUUUGUCCAGUGCCAAAGCCAGUGCAGAUCAUUAAGUAAUCUCUGCAGUGGCUAGAGUCAAACCUAACGCAAACAAUCCAACUUGUGGAUAUUGGAGGUCGCUCAUCCGAACCUGAAUAUUAGUGCAAAAUUUAUUUGGACAGCUUCCUAGUUCCAAAUCUGUCACUAAUUCAGAAGCACCUCCAAAACCUUUGCCUACAAAAACAAAGGAUUUCAUGGGAACAGUUUCUGCAUCAUACCGAGGAAUGAGUUCUGGAACUUCUGUCAGAUAACUGCGCAUGAGUACCUUCACCACAAAUUACAGGAGUCCAAUAAAGCUUAACACCAGCUUGAAAACAGUCACAGAUGGGCAAUAAGUCCUAUUUGAUAGUUAACAAUACCCAUGUGAUGAAAAUGAAUGAUGAGCAACAUGGGCAAAAUGUAUCCACUAACCUAGAAUAUAAUAAUUAACUAGAAUGAAAGUUUUGGUUCAGUGGUAGUUGUCCUGUCUCCAGUAUUAGAAAGCUGUGAAUUCAAAAACCAUUCCAGUAUCAGUGUGGGCACACUUAGUAAUUUUGCUGCACAGUUAGUUUGAGUGUCAUCUGGAUGAGCUGUUACUGUGGACUCCCCAGGAAUUUCAUGUGGGACUAUUCUAAAUAUUUUAGCCACAUUUUUAUAUUUUAGUUAAGUUUAUCUUUUUAGCAGGAAACAGUUAAUCGGUUAUGACAUAUUUUAGGGGACAUCAGUCAUCGAUUUGACUAGGAAAAUGCAAGUUCCUCCCUGUCCAUCUUGUACAGUGACAAAUGAAUUGUCAUAAGAUUAAUUCAGAUUUUUGAAUUUUGUUAAAAAGACUUUGUGAGCCAUGAGUAUUCAUUGAAGAGCAUAUGUAAC